AUGGCCUAUCGCAGAAAACAACAGGGAGUCCGCGGCGGAUUGGUCACCAUCUCGGCGUCUCAUUACAAUGUUUUCCAGUCUUUUGAGUUCCUGGCUGAAGGCUGUGGUUUUCUUGUUGAUCAGUUUCGCUUGAAAGGGUGGACUUUGGCUGUCAUCAACCUCUACCUGCAGUCUGGUUGCUCUUUGCAGGCCGAGCCCAAUUGCACCAUCGUUGCAACGUUGCUUGCCACGGUCGUGUGGGAGGGCAGCCAGCAAAUUUCUGAGAUCACUAGUGUGUUCGCGAGCUGGUCCCGAGAUGCAGCCGCGUCUUGUGGGAUUUUAGAUGGCUUUCCUGGCAGUUCUUUUGUGAUUCAGGUCAAGCCGCUGGUGGCUCCGUCUGCCCCACACCGACUGUGGAAAGGGCAUGCUGAAUCCUUCUGGGAUCGCAUCGUUGCGUGGUCCAAACAUUUUCGGGCCCUCCAGAGCAAGCCUUUAACACACCCGGAGGAUUUCUUAGCUCAGGCUGACACUCAUUGGGCUGAUGUUGGCAACAUGCCCCUUCACCAAUGGAAGGCCCAAGCCUUUGGCAUGCUCAAUGGGUGUGAACCGGAUGACGCCUGGGUUGCGGCCACGUCUCGCCAGCAGCGCCAUGCUCGAAAGUUGCAUCUUUCUGACAAAAGUGCGGACUAUCAGUCUUGGCUUCAGUCCUCCAUGAAAGCUGGCAUGCGGCCCCUCUUCAGAGCACUCAGCAAUCCAGAAGCCAAGGUCGAGAGGCCCUUUCUUGAUAGUCCGUUGGAAUUUCGGCCUUUCCUUAGGCUGGAGUUCUGGAGUAAACUGUGGAAGGCGCAACCGUCGCCUUUACCGGAGCUCGAUUCAAAGCUUCAGCACGUGGCCCGGGAACACGCGGCACAGCUUCCACCCUUGAGCCUUGAGCAAAUCAAGCAAAGGAUCCGCAAGCUCAGCAACAAAGCUGGGGGAGCCGAUGGUUGGAGUUACGCACAGUUCAAGGUUCUGCCGGAUGAGGCGCUAGCCCUGCUUCAUAAUUUUCCGCCGCUUUGUGCCGACACCGCCCUGAAAGUUUACAGAGGAGCCAGAUACAUCAUUUCGGACAGUGUUGUCUCGCCCAGAUGCUUCGGGGCAUCCGGCCUCAUGGCCGGAUGCCCCUAUGCGCCAGCAAUUGCAAAACUGGCACUGUUUCCGAGCCUUUCCUCAUUGCACAAGAGCAAGCUGGCUGACAAUAUCACGGCUUGGUUGGACGAUGUCAGUGUCGAUACUGAAGGCGCUCAAGCAGAGAAGACGGCACACCGUGCUGCUCAAUCCUACAACUUGUUGAAGCAUGCCCUGCAGCGGGAUGGACUCCACAUGUCCAUCGCAAAAACGAUUACAGUUGCAAAGGCUCGUCAAGCAAAGGGCCAGGCCAGAGCAGGACGUCAGCGAACGCUCAAAGUUCCCUCCUUGUCCCACAAGUGGAGGCUGUACAAAGGAGGUAUUUUCGCCUCUGCUGCAUGGGGCCAUCAAGCUCAGGGAAUUUCUCCGAAGCGAUUGAAAUGGUUGCGAGGGUGUGCUGCGCAGCAGCUGCAGCGACACAAACUUGGCAGCCUUGAUCUGCUUUUCGAUUUGCACUGCAAGUUUGAGGACCCUCUCAUCACCAUCUUGACACAACACUUUGCCACGAUUACUAAGGUUUUUCUUCGAUGGCCAGGGACCCUGUGGGGACAGCUCAAAACUUCCUGGAGCAGCACGUGGAGCCGACUCAAGGCUUCACCCCAUCCGUGGAAAUGCGUCUCUGGACCGAUGGCGGCCGCACAGGCCUAUCUGAUGCAACUUGAGAUCGAUGGGCAAAGUCUUGAGCAUUGGACUUGGGAUGAUGAGGAUUUCACCUGCGAUUGGAAGGAGCCUGGCAUGCCCGUGUUGCUGCCUUUGUGGAUGACCCUCUCCUUGCUGAAGGUGUCGAUUGGGCCAGCCAUAGGGCCAGAAUCCGACGUGAAGCCAAAGCCAAACGCACCACGAAGUGGCUACAUGCUUUGUGGCAAGGAGCAGUGCUUCAUAACCAAAAUGGAGGCACUCAGCAAUGCCCGCUAUGCCAUUGUGAUGCCUCGUGGUCGCAUGUGCUCCUUGAGUGCAGAUACUGGUCUGGGCGCCACCGCGAUCCACCUGAGCAUUGGGCUGAGCUCAAGCAAAAGUCUAUGGGCGACUACCAGCAAGCUUAGUGCAUCGACUUAUGUGUUCAGCACAGACGCCUCUGGCGGGCCGGAUAGUGUUGACACCCGCCUGCGCAUCGUUGCCUUUGCCCUGCUGGCCCUUCAAAAGGAGGGUGACGAGCUCACCUGCGUUGCCUCCAUCACCGGGUUUCUUCCCGUCGGCUCGUCGGUUGCAGAAGGCGAAACACAUGCGCUGCAGCUCCUCGCUGAGAAUGUCGACGGUUUUGCUGAUGUCACCUGUGACUGUCAAACGGCCAUUAAGAACUCCCAGAGACUUGAUAAUCUUGAUUGUCAUUGGGUUCGGUCACACCAGUCAGCUGCUGCUUUUGAAAAGGAGUUUGGGGCAGACCAGCUAUGGCGCAUGAAGGCCAAUUCUUUAGCUGAUGAUAAGUGUGGUAAGCUGGCUGCAACCCUUGUUGAUAUCAACUUUAAAAAUGAUGUGCAGGAGUUGGACCGUCUUGCUCAGCAGAUCUCGACCUUUCUUGCUGAACGUGUGGAGCUUUUGUUGACUUCCAAAAAAGUUGAAGCCGACACCAGCCGUUCCAUUGCGGAGUCCUUUAAAGCCAAGGAGCAGGAGGUUUCAGUGGUUGUGCAGCCUGGGGAUACCUCCAAGCAGACCCGCCUCUCCUUUCGGUGA